AUGGCGACUCGCACGAUUGGCAUCGCUGUCCUUUGUUAUUUCGUUGUUGUCCCUUAUGCAUUAUGCAACGGCGAUUCAGUGUCAAGUGUAAUUAACGCAUUUGUGGUUCCACAUAGCCACAUGGAUGUCGGAUGGGUCUACACAGUAGAUGAAAGUAUGGUGGCUUAUGCAGCCAAUGUAUACACAUCAGUUGUCAGCAGUUUGGUAAAAAAUGGCAAAAGAAGAUUUAUAGCUGUAGAACAGGAAUUCUUUCGACUAUGGUGGGAAAAUGUUGCUGAUGUGAAUCAAAAACAACAAGUGCAUGAGUUGUUACAAAAUGGUCAGUUAGAGUUUAUUAUUGGUGGUCAAGUAAUGAAUGAUGAAGCCGUCACUGAAUACUCUGCCAAUAUUCAACAACUUACUGAGGGUCAUUCCUUUAUUUAUGAUACAUUUGGAGUUCGACCUCAGUUCUCAUGGCAUGUUGAUCCAUUCGGUGCUACUGCAACCACACCAGCAUUAUUCGCUAUGGCUGCCUUUAAUUCGCAUCUCAUUUCAAGAAUUGAUUAUGACAAGAAAGAUGCCAUGCAGAAAAAAAAGGAAAUGCAGUUUAUUUGGCAAGGCUCCCCCUCCCAUGGAAGUAAAUUACAAAUGUUUACCCAUACUAUGGACCAAUACAGUUAUUGUGCACCUGGGGAUAUUCCAUUCUCUGAGAGAUCAGGAUUUUAUUGGAAUGGUUACGUAAAGUUCCCAGUACCACCAUCAGAUGGUAUCUAUCCAAAUAUGAGUCUACCAGUGAAUACGAGUAAUAUAAAACUAUAUGCAGACUAUAUGGUAGCAAACAUUAAACAAAGAGCAGCCUGGUAUAAAACACAACAAUUACUAUGGCCAUGGGGAUGUGACAAGCAGUUCUUCAAUGCUACAAUUCAAUUUCUAAACAUGGAUCCAUUGUUAGAUUAUAUAAAUCAACAUUCUGAUGAAUAUGGUGUACGUGUACAAUAUGCUACUGUGGGAGAAUAUUUCAAAGCUGUUCAUGACACCAAUAGUACAUGGAUGGUUAAGAAAAGUGGAGACUUUAUCCCGUAUUCUUCUGAUCCUCACUCAGCUUGGACUGGCUUCUAUUCAUCUCGAAAUUAUCUUAAAGGUUUAUCUAGACAUAGUCAGGCAACUCUGCAUGCUGCAGAGUCCAUGUUUACUAUGUACAAUAAAGUCACAGAUGACAAGCAUAUCAAUGGCAGCUGGAUUUUAUCCAAGUUGGACAAAUUACGAUGGGCAUCAGCAGAG